AUAUAUAUAUGGUUAAUAGUCCUUUACGGCACACGCACACAGUCACCAGAGCGCACGCGCGCGCACGCAUACUAUACGACCUCCGACUGCAGAGACCGGGUGUAGUGGGCAUUAUACGUACCGUACUUCGUCGCCGUCAGUAGUAUUCGGACGGCCGUUCGGUUCGAGAACAGUCACAUUGCGAUACUCACAAUAUUGUACUUGUACACAACAUCAUAAUCGUGCCCGCCGGUUCGUCUCCGACACCGCGUUUCGCAUCGAUUUCGUUUCGGUCGGUCCCAUUUGCAAAUCUUUAUUUUUUUUCGUUUUUGCUCCUCUCGUUCUUCGCCGACUGACGGCCGCGCGCACCCGUCGGGUUCCGUCCGUCCGAGUGCUUUCGGACGCGCGCUGCAAUAACACACGACAUCGACCACCACUGCAACCAUGCGGGCCGUCGUCCUGUGCGCAGCCCUGUUCGUCGCGCCGCUGUACGCCCUAACGCUCAAGGGCAUAGGUGCUGAUGGUCCUGCACCGGUACACUUUGAGCCUCAAGUCGCUGUGCUGUGCGAUGCGAAAUCAGAUACCCCAUACUAUAGCCAGUACAUGUCAGAGAACGGUCGAUGGACAUCUGACACGAAACGCAAAGUUGGAUGCUUAAAGGAAAAAGUUGACAUUUUGGACUACUGUAAAAAAGUUUACCCCAAAAAUGACAUAACCAAUAUAGUGGAAUCCAGCCAUUACGUAAAAAUCGGUAACUGGUGUAAAAUGGGAUUCAACAAAUGCAAGCACACGGACUGGGUGAAACCGUACAGAUGUCUCGAAGGACAAUUCCAAAGUGACGCUCUCCUGGUUCCCGAGAAUUGUAUAUUCGAUCACGUACAUAAUCAGAGCAAAUGCUGGCCUUUUGAUCGCUGGAACCAGACUGCGAGUCAAGCUUGUCAGGAUCGUGACCAUAACCUAAGAAGUUUCGCCAUGUUGCUCCCUUGUGGCAUAUCGUUGUUUUCCGGUGUAGAAUUUGUCUGCUGUCCAUAUAAAGAUAAAAUUCAAUUGAAGAAAACGGCACCAGUAGCUGCAGAUAGUCUUCUCUCUUCGGAUCAAUUUGACAUAGAAGAAGACAUUGACGACAAUGAUGACGACGAAGAUGAUGAUGAUGAAACAAAUGAUGAAGAAGAUGAUGACGAUGAUUAUGAUAACUACGAUGACAUACCACCAUCUCGCAUGUCAUCAACUUCAACCUCAACUGCAGCACCAACCACCACUACCUCCACCACUACGAUGGCGACAACUACGAGGAAAGCAACUACAACCACGACAACCGUACCACCACCACCUCCUCCACCACCAUCUACUCCCGAAAGCUCUCACACUACACCAUCCAACCCUAUCAGAAACUUGCCGACCCCAGACACAUAUUUCACGCAUUUCGAUCCCAGAGACGAACAUAAAUUGUACAAAGAAGCUCUGAACCGAUUGGAAGAAUUGCACCGCGAAAAGGUGACCAAAGUUAUGAAAGACUGGUCUGAUUUGGAAGAACGGUACCAAGAAAUGCGUUCCAAGGACCCACAUAUGGCUGAAGAAUUUAAACAACGAAUGACACUCCGAUUCCAACAAACCGUACAGUCUCUAGAAGAAGAAGGCUCAGCAGAAAAACACCAACUGUUCGCUAUGCAUCAACAAAGAGUGAACGCCCAUAUUAAUCAUAGAAAAAAGGAAGCCAUGAAUUGCUACGUUUUCGCUCUCAACGAAAAUCCUCCGAAUACACACAAAGUACAGAAAUGUCUACAGAAACUUCUCAGAUCGUUGCACAAGGACCGUCAUCACACAAUAGCGCAUUACCGACACUUGCUUGCGUCUAGUAUUGAAUUGGCGGAACGUGAAAAAUCAGUCACGUUGGAACAUUUGGUAGACAUUGAUCACAUGGUCAACCAAUCGCUGCAAAUGCUUUACAGAUAUCCAACGCUGUCACGUAAGAUUUCACAGUUGAUGUCAGACUACAUCCAAGCGCUCAGGAGUAAGGAUGAUACUCCAGGAUCUCUGUUAGCUAUGACCCGUGAUGCCGAAGCUAGUAUACUGGAUAAAUACAAGGAAGAAAUUUCAACAACACAAGAAGAAAAAUCUCGUACAAGAUACCCGAUGGAGAUGAAACGUAAACAACCACACGAAAUGGUCGAAUCAAAGGAGGCCAAACUUCAAGUUGAAACAGCUGCUGAGUUCGACGCUAAUGAAAACACAGAAUCCCAACCACACCCAGGUCAACAGCUACAAGCUCAACAACAACCCUCAGCGAUCAAACCCGACCAAAAUGCCGCCACCGCUCCAGUCGCUGCUGUACAACACCACGACCACGAUUCCGAACCGAAAAUCUCUCAUGCCCAAGUGCAUGACAUAAGUCAUGGAGAACCGACAUUCUUCACCCGAAAGAACUUCCACCAUGAUUCAAGAAACGUCCAUCUAACGUUGGCAUUUGCCGGAUUAUCAUUAAUAGCCGCUAUUUGUGUCGGAGUAGCCGUGAUCCGUAGGAGAAACGCCAGAUUACCACAAAAUCAAGGAUUUAUCGAAGUCGAUCAAGGUAUAUCUCAAGAAGAACGUCAUGUAGCCAAUAUGCAGAUAAAUGGAUACGAGAAUCCCACCUAUAAAUAUUUUGAAGUCAAAGAUCAAUAAAAAAAAACUAUAGCCCACAUAGUGAGAUACGUACUUAAGGAGACGAUUUUAACCACCCAGCAGCGUUUUUAACCAUUUAUCUAUAUGCAUAAAUAUUUAAAUAAAUAUGGAUGUACGUGAUACAGAUAGGAACAUAUUAUUAAUUUAUAUAUAUAUAUAAUGUAUCUAUAUAAUAUAUAAUUAUAUAUAUAUAUAGAUCUGAUUAAUUACAAAAUUAACGUCGUUUUAUGCAUAGAUUUAGGAAGGACCAUAAUAAACUUCUAGACAAAAGUGCCAUUUUAUUUUCAUUCCAUUUAAAAACAAUAAUAACAUAUCCAUUAUUUUACGAAAAGUUUUAACGAAAUUGCUAAUGCAUUGUUCUAGUCAAAACAUGCUUAUUUUUCAUUAGUCAUGUCGGACAUUCAUAUUAUACACAAUAUUUUGAAAACAUUUAAAUAAUAAUAAUACUCAAAACGUGUACAUUGUAAUUAUCUUUUAACCUUUGUCUAGCGCUUUUUUUUAAACUAUGUAGUACCAUCAGCAUUAUUAAGUUAGAUAUAUAUUUAUAAUUAGAUAUUUGAAUUAUAAUAAUUAUUAUGAUACAAUAUACGAUAAUUUAAAAAAAAACUAACAUUUAGAUAAAUAGUAUACACAUUUUCUUUUUCUUUUUUAAGUACCUUUAUUAUUAUUAUUAUUCUAUUAUUUUAUUUUUAAUAAUGACAAUAAAAUAACAAUAGACAAAAAAUAAUAGUAAAAAAACAAUAUAAAAGAACAAAUAAUGGUUAUAAUGAUUUAUCUACAACUUCCAAUAUUAUAUUGUACGUCUCGCUUGUUAUUAAAUUCUGAUUAUUUUAGUUAGUUUUUUUUUUAUUUCAUACUCUUAAUUAAGAUUACUUUUUUAAUUGUUAAAAGACACUACCUAUUAGAAAAAUUAAGAUUUCUCAUUUUUAUUAUUAUAUUUUUUUUUCGUCAUCACUCUAUUAUAUACAAAUAUAUACCUAGUAAGAUAUAUUAUAUUAUAGGUAGGUAUAUUAUUUAAGCAUUUAGAAAGUAUACUAUUAUAAUUUAUAUUAUUUUUGUGUAAAUUUAAGAAUAAAAUGGAACAAAACGUAUGUUUUUGAAUCUGAUAUAACUUAAAAUAAUAAUAAUAAUAACUAAGUGUUUUUCCAAAAUGUUAUCAUUACCUACCUAAAAAUGUAUGUAUAACUAAUUUAUUUAUAAAAAUAAAAUUGUAUACAUUAAAAGAAAUGGUUGAUUA